CUACUCUUGCCUGCUAGGUCUUUUAGGAGGGUCGCGUCGGUGCCUCAUAAACCAUCGCAGCUGCUCCCUCGCUGUUCCCUAGCGUGCAUCUUAAAGCAGACUAAAGAGGUAGCACCAUGCUCUCGCGCCAUUUGGGCCGCAAGGCCGCGGAUUUCGGGGCUGCGAGGGCGCCGGCGCUGCUGCGAUCGAUCGCCGUCCCCGUCGCCGACCGCCAUGCGUUCACGUCGUCGCCGCUCCUCACGCCCGUUCCAUCCGCCAACGUAGACUCGCCCGCAGCGAUCCCUUCUCCUCUGCACGUCAGCUUCUCCAGAGGGUUCGCAGCAGACGCAGCGCUGACCACAGAUCCGCCCAUCACCCCCACGGAGCUCGCGCUCAAGACGCCCACCGCCACCAUCACCUACGACACAACCAUCCACGAGCGCCUGCCGCCCGGCGACCCCUCCAAGCGCGCCUUCACCUACCUCGUCCUCACGGGCGGCCGCUUCAUCUACGCCUCCGCGCUGCGCCUGCUGGUGCUCAAAUUCAUUCUGAGCAUGAGUGCGAGCAAGGACGUGCUUGCUCUGGCCUCGCUGGAAGUUGACCUGGCGAACAUCGAGCCUGGUAACACGGUUACCGUGAAGUGGCGCGGCAAGCCAGUGUUCAUCCGUCGCCGCACGCCUGCUGACGUGGCAAAGGCCAAUGACGUGAACCUGGCAGAGCUUCGGGACCCCGAGCCUGACUCGGCCCGGGCGCCGAACCCCGAGUGGCUGGUUGUGAUUGGCGUGUGCACGCACCUGGGGUGUGUGCCGCUGCCAAAUGCUGGGGACUACGGUGGCUGGUUCUGCCCGUGCCACGGGUCGCACUAUGACAUCUCGGGGCGUAUUCGCAAGGGGCCGGCUCCCACCAAUCUUGAGGUGCCGACUUACAAGUUCCUGGAGGAGACCAAGGUGCUCGUUGGCUGAGCAGUGAGCAGAGCUAUGACACAGAAGAGUGUGAUACGCUUGAUCCUUUUGUCAUAGUGCUGUGCUGUGAUGUGUUUCUGACUAGGUACGGUAGUUCUGCCAGUGCCAGGUCAGGGAAUGACAAUAUGUUGUGUUGGUUGGUGGUUGACCACAUGGUAUGUGAGUGUUGGCAGGCUGAGCGUACAGAUUGGAAUGGAAACUGCUGUUAGGAUUACGAAGUGAACUCAAGCAAGGGAUACAAGGGAACUAUAUUUUAU